UGACGGUCGCGCUGGCUCGCAGCUCUGCUCAACACGUUAGUGCCGAAAGUCCACGCGUUCGCGCUUCGUCACUCGAGUGAGAGGACGCUUCAUUCAACUCCGCGAGACCGCGCUUCCGAAUCCCUAUCGCAGGACAAUAGCCCAUUACCGAACGUGCACAACAUCCGCAGGGGCCUCAAAUUCUGGUUUAUCAACUGCAGUAAUGCAUUGGGAAUGUUUUCCAACCUCUCGGCCCGCGGCUGAGCAACAAGAUGAGCAUAAAUAUUUGAUAAUUAAGGAAAAUCGAAAGUGAAGAGCCAAAAUCGUAACAGAAGUUGCCGUUGCAAGUGGCAAGGCAAUCAGAGCGACAAGGAAAACGCAAUUACGGAGGAAGACGAGGACAGACCGUAGAGGAAGAGCCCGGACCGGCGUUAGCAAAUAAAAAAUGGAAAUUAAAAUAUUUCCGCUGACAGCGGAUGCAGCGACAAUUGCCGCGCGUCGCCAGCAGCGGCGGCGUGGAAACGCGGGGAAACUGCAGCGGAUGCGAAAAAUGCCGGAAAUAUCCUCACGGCUAAUUGUUGCCGCUGCCACCGCCGCCGCCGCAGCCUCGAUUAUCUGCCUGUCCCUCUCGCUCUCGCUGCCCGUCGCCGUGGUCGCCGCCCAGGAGAGCGACGACGAGGGCGAGCUGCACCACCUGGAGCAGAUGCACCACAAGCACCAGGACUUCAUCAUCGGCGAGUCCGAGGAGCACGAUCAUAUCGCCCACCACUUGGCGGAAAUGCAAAAUAAGGAUGAGCUACUUGAGGACAUACGCGAGGAUACGGCAGUCAAUGCGAUUCCCGAGAAAGAUCUUCCAAAGUUCGGAGAGCUCUUGCAAAACGUGACGGUUCCCGUGAGUCGGGAGGCUAUACUCCAGUGUGUAGUCGAUAAUUUGCAGACCUACAAGAUUGCGUGGCUACGUGUCGAUACACAGACCAUUUUAACGAUACAAAAUCACGUCAUAACCAAAAAUCAUCGCAUGAGCAUAACUCACGCCGAGAAACGUGCCUGGAUUUUGCGUAUACGGGAUGUAAAGGAGUCCGACAAAGGCUGGUACAUGUGCCAAAUAAACACGGAUCCCAUGAAGAGCCAAGUGGGCUAUCUAGACGUUGUGGUGCCCCCCGACAUACUGGACUAUCCGACCAGCACCGAUAUGGUAAUACGUGAGGGCUCCAACGUAACCCUCAAGUGCGCCGCGACGGGAUCGCCAACUCCGACGAUAACCUGGCGACGCGAAGGUGGCGAACUGAUACCCCUGCCAAACGGGGCCGAGGCCGUCGCCUUCAACGGAUCCUUCCUGACCAUCGCCAAAGUGAACCGGCUGAACAUGGGCGCCUAUCUCUGCAUCGCCUCCAAUGGCAUCCCGCCAACAGUCAGCAAGCGUGUGAUGCUCAUUGUGCACUUUCCGCCCAUGAUUUGGAUACAAAAUCAAUUAGUCGGGGCUGCCCUUACACAGAACAUCACGUUGGAAUGCCAGUCGGAGGCAUAUCCCAAGUCCAUCAACUACUGGAUGAAGAACGACACGAUAAUCGUGCCAGGUGAGCGCUUUGUGCCGGAAACCUUUGAAUCGGGCUAUAAAAUAACCAUGCGCCUGACCAUAUACGAGGUGGACAUCCAGGACUUCGGGGCCUAUCGCUGUGUGGCCAAAAACUCCCUGGGCGACACUGACGGCGCGAUCAAACUGUACCAUAUUCCCCAGACCACCACGAUGACGACAAUGGCUCCCACCGUAUCGAUCAACACGGUGCCCGUGGUGCUUGUGAAGUACAACAAAGAACAAAGAUACGGCAGCAACAGCAACCAGAACAGCAACAGCAAUCCGUACAACUUCAACGCAAACGCGCAGAACACCAAGUUGCAACGUGGCAAGGCCAACAGCAAGGGCCUGGAUCAGGCCUCCUCCGGACUGAACAAUGUCUUCGUGGGCGCCACGUCGAGUCUGUGGAACUCGCAGGAUCACCACUCCUCCUCCUCGUCCUCCUCCUCGUCGAGGGGGAGGGAUCACCACCAGCAGCAGCUGCAAAACCACGGCUCCGAUCACAGCGCCUCCUAUCGGUCGGAGGGCAAGAGCCCGCACCUCACGAAGCACGACGCCAAGUCCCUCACCGACGACCUGGAUCGCAUGCAGGACCUCAAGAGCCGGGCCCUUCGCCUCCCCCUUCCCGGUCCGGCGAUCCUAACUCUGGCGAUGAUCUUCGGCAUCUUCGGCUACCUGGGGGCGUGGCCGGGCUAAGCUGUUCGGCGGAAAAGUGUACAAAAAGUUUAUGGAAAUCCACGUGUAGUCUAACUAAGAUAAACUACUUCGUAAGCAAUACCCUUAUAAAUCGUGUUGGUCAACAAAACUAUUAUUUGUGUGCUAUGUGGAAAGUUGCUUACUGUAAAAAGUUGUUGAUGUUUAAGGUAAAUCUAAAACUUAAGAGGCCAUUUGGAGGAGCGAGUAUGAACUCUAGGGAUCUGGGGCUCGCAACGGAAAUACAAAGUAUUAGAAUGUAAAUCAUAAGGGCUUAAACCAAAAAAGUUUCCGGUUUGGCACGCGAGUUGUUAGUUAUAUUCCUGGCCUAUAGAUACGGAGAUGCAAUUAGUAAUGCAUUACCUUUAGAGCAAACGAUCGGUAUCUUAUGACAACUAUUAAUUAUUAACAUUAAAUUUUUAAGAAACGAAAAUCUUUAUUUAUAAUGAUUUAAUUGUCAAUGCUUCAAGGCCAGGGGUAUAUCUAGCAAACGAUAUUCGGACCGAGAUUAGAUCUAAGUCAUUGGGGUCGGUAAAAAUAUUUGUACUGUAAGUCCUGUUCUAGCUUAGUUCCCAAGCACUGCAAGCUGUAUAAUAAAUAUUACAUAAACAAUUUCAUCUUGAUUUGAGAGAAAAUAAAAUGCCGUCUUAAAUCAUGUAAACUUGA